GUUCUGGUCUGCGCUGCUCCGUGCUUCUGUACAUGCGCGGCAUGCGACGUGCGACGCAUCUUGUUUUCGCGGCUGCCACUGGGGCGAAAAGAAGCCGCCUGUUGUUGCCAGCGAGGCUGCGUGGGCGGCGACUCGGCGGCCCCCCCAUCUCGUCGCCCGCCGACGACGCUCGGGAGCGGAGCUGGCGGCUUCCUUGCUUUUGAAGCUGGUGACGGGCGUCCGAAGGCAAUGAAUGGAUGGAUGCAUGGAUUCGUGCUGAUUGAAGCAAUCCGAGCUGAGGGGGCAGGCAGGCAGGCAAGCAAGAGCCGUGGGUGGGAGUGGGUGCGUCGUGUUCGUUCGUUGGACUCGACUCGACCCUUGACGUCUCUCCCUGCUGUUUAAAAAGACUCCCUGGCUCCCCCCAGCCGCUGUUGACGAGGGAUGCUUCUCGCAAAACCCGUUUCCAACCUGGCCGCUUGCUCCUUCCUGACUGCCUGCCGCCCCUGCUCCUGCCAUUUCGCCAAAGCUUCCCAGAAACUUCCUCCCUCUACUGCUGCUCCUUCCCACUGUGUCGGCCCCGCCUUGCACGCCACUUACACGACUGGCCACGCCUGCCCAGUUGGUUUCAGCUCCUCCCCCGGACCAACUACUACUUCCUCUUCCAGGGUCGUCCAACACAUCUUCAGCCUGCCCUGCCGACCCCCAGCUGCAUCUGUGUCUGGUCUUCUUCCCGUCCUCUUAAGAGAAAUCGCCCCUCCGCCGGAAUAGACAAUCGACGUUGGCCGACAGCCUUGCGACACAAAGUCCUACGACGCACGCACGCAUCCAGCCAUCCAUCCCAUCCUUCCAUCCAGCCUCCCGCGGCGGUGACCGCCAACGCCAACUGCAGCACACCGCGCCUGCAGAAGCACGCGACACUCAGUGGCACCGCGCUGCCGCGCCCUCGCCCGAACGACGCUCGCUGCUCUCCAACGACAUGCACGCCUGGUCCGCACACGCAACCGUGCUUCUGUUCGUCUGAUUCCAUCGCAACACCAUUCGUCGGUCUGCCGCGUGGAAAAAGCCGCCACCCAACGGUCAACGUUCUUCAGCCACGAGCGGCGGUGAUUCACUGCGGUCCAAGCUCCUGUCUGCCAGUCCUGACAUGACAUUCUCACACACAACCUCUCGUCCGAGCACGCCCUGAUACUGAUCAACCUCUACCCUUUCAUUGCGUUUUCCUCACCCGCCACCCUGCGCACAUAAUUUCGCGGAUCUUGCCCGCUCAGCGCAGCCCUUCAUUGCGACUACCCCUUCCCACGCAUCAAGGAUUAAACGACCAUGGCCAACGGUCUGGACCGCCUUGAGCGGCUCUUCACCUACAAACGCAAGGCUUCGCCUACCUCGAGCGAACGGGCCAGCCCAGUGGUGCAACCUUCGGAGCCUCAGUUUCCUUCCCCGUCUUUUAUCAGGCCAAAAGCCUCCCGGAUGGCCGCCCGUGACGAAGUCCGUCUUCGCCAGGUAUCUGGUCGCUCGCCUUCUGUGCCCGACAUUGGCACAACGCAUCGCACGCAGCCGUCUUACGUCAACAAGCCCGGUUCAACAGAUGGUUCACUCCAACACCACCACAGGCUUGGCCGCUCGCCAUCGUUCACCAAGCCAGGACAGCCCGAUCAGCGCAUUGUUACGGGCCUCCGCCAGUUCCAGUUUCCCAAGUCUCCAAGCCGCAAAGGUGAUGCCUCUCCGGUCUCUUUCGCGUUGCCUAGAGCUUCGUCGGAAGCUCCUCAGCUCCCAAGCCCUCGAUGCCGGUCGCCGCUUCAAGUGACUAUCCCUCACGACAGGCUGGAUACUCCUCCGGCCUCGGACCCCGAGGACAACGACUCUUGCAUGCAGAGCCUGCGGACCAAACCAUUGCCAGAGGUGCCUCGUCGGAUGCCGCCUCCCACUCCCCAAGAGUCUCCGGAAGUCAGCCCUACGCGGGAGUCGCAUCUCCAGAGACCGAGACAGGUGGAUAGCGUGGACCAAUGUCGAUUCAAGGCAAACAAGCCAGGGAAUGACUUCGACCAGGCAUCUCUUCACAGAUCGUACAGUCAGUCGAGUAUCGCACCGUCGGCACAAAUCUCAUUCUGCAGCUCGACACUGCGCGAGCCCGAUUGCAAUGAGUUUUUUAACCUGAGCGACGACGACAUCGCCGAGUCGACGCCCGAGAGCCCUGUUAUCCCGCCCGUGGAGAACUCCAAUGAGCCAGCGCUGCCGCCAAUGGACCUCUCUAUUUCGUCUGCAGAGCCUCUGGCAUCCUCGCUGCUCACGUUGAGCCCGCCGCGUGCAAGUCGCCCUGCUGCUGUGGCAGCAUUUGAGGCAGCGCGAAUUGCUCGCCGUUAUGACUUUGACCUCGUCUACGUGGUCAAUUUAUGGCCUGACAACGUUGCGGCCCGGAUAUCAGGCACCGCAAGCGAGGAAACCAGUACCGGUCCCAAGCCAAUGGUUGGGCGACUUCUUGCGGCCCACGGCCUCCAUCACGUUCCGUCGCCGCUGCAGAUAUCUUCCCUCGUUCACACUACCAUCUUGCGCUCCGAUGGAUGGAUUGAGUAUCGCAACCAGGAGGCGUCAAGCCACGACCUGGCUCGCGGGUACGCCUGCGCAUUCUACACUGGCCAAUUCGCCAAGUCUUCAUCGGGCAAGAACAGCCCAGUCUCGGGAGUGUUGCUCUCGGAACGGAUUGAUCGGGGAAUCGUGUUCGCCGCAUACCGCAAGCCGAGAACUGGCACAGAAAAACUGGGUCGAACCUUCACCGAGGAGGAGUUGGGAGAGCUGCACAGGGAUGCAGAGGCGCUUGUCGAGAUGCUCAUCGACAUUCACGUCGCGAAUCGUCUUCGUCAACCUCCGGCGCAGGUCUCGAUUGCCGACGAGACCGGUCCGAUGCCGGUGCAGCAGCCACUGGACUCUUAAAAGACGAUGUAAUCCCGCUCGCAUCCAUCUGGACUACGCGGGGACUAUCACCAAUAGCGGAACGUUACGAUAAGCAAGCAUGUUGCGCCUCAAGCCUUUUCUUUGUAAUUUGAUCGAUCUCAGCAUCAACGGAGUUGUCGGCGCGCAUCGCACCUUUGCGUCUUCACACCGCAACAUGUUUGCAAGAUACCUCUAAGGGCGGCAAUCCUCGAUUUGGAGAGGCUCUGGAACGAAAAUUAUGAUUACGAGUGGCGUUGCGAGUUGUUUUGACACAGAUCAUGGUGUGGCACAAGUGCGUUUUGUUCUUUACUACAGACACGAUCGCCUGCCGUAUACCCUCUCACGGGAACGAGAUCCAUGCUCGUACCACUGGGCAAGAUUAUGGAGGAAUGGACGAGACUUUGGCGGGGGGUUGUGCAGGCUAUUACCAAGCUGCGCAGAGGGGCCACAUUGGAGCGCCCACGGGUUGCAAAUGCAACCAUUGUAGAUAGACAGCAUGAGCCUCGCUGCGGCAAUACACAAGUCGCAUAAACGAAGAUGCAUG